GCCAAAUCUCACAAAUGCACUUUAUUGCCCGCCCCCCGUGCCUCCCUCGCCUCCCACCGCUUUCCUCGACUUCCAUUCUCAUUUGAGACAACAACAUCCGUCUUCGUCGCCAUAACACAACACAUCACACCCCAACCACAUCAUCGCCACCACUUCUGCUACCAACAGGCGACGACGUCCACACUCUUGGACGACGAGAAUUUACUGAUCUUCACAGCCCCUUCCUUGACCUUGCGCGUAAAUCUGUCCCUGGCCCACGAAACUAUCGCGUCGCCGACAUGUCAGCAAACAUGAUGGGCUGGGCCGCAGCGCCCGGCACCCAGGGUGCAGUCCCGCCUCCGCCUCCUGGACCCUAUGUCUAUCCAAACCCUGCAUACACCCAGGUCCAAGUUCGUCAGAACUUCAGUCAGCCCUAUUCCGUUCCUCCACCAGUCUAUCCUGGUGCUCCUGUUCCACCAUCUCCGUACGGUGCAUCACAGGUGCCCCCUCCGCCCCCCGCUAAUCAACCCGAGCCCGCCAAGAAGAAGAUCGAGUGGCCCAUGUCGGUUCGCCUCUAUGUCCAGCGCUCAUUCAGGCCCGAGAAUUUGAACCCCUCAGUCUCAAGGACCGAUAUGGAACAGAAGCUGAGGGAAGUCAUUUCUGGCGCCACCGACUCGGGCAAGCUGAACAGCGUCGACUGGGACAAUAUGCCUCUGCCCCAGGAGUUGGUCGUCCAAGAACGCAACACGCUGCUAGAGUCGCAAAAGUCCGGCCCAGGCAGCAGUCCCGGCUCGGCCAGGAAGCGAAAGUCAUUUGAGGGGGACAGAGACCAUGACAGCAGCCCGGCCACCCUUGCCCCGCGGGAACGUAAACUCGAAAAUCGCAUCAGCUACGCCGCCGAUGAUCGGCGUCAGAUCAUGGACCUGCCGUUGGCCAAGAGUAAGUACACAAAGGCCAACGAGAAGCGACAAAAACGUGCCGAGCGCUUUGGUGCUCCCCAGCCAUCACCCCAGAGAUCUCCCACGCCUGAACCUCCCGCCGGACCUGUAGUCGGAACCUGCGAGAAACUGGAGAAGGGCUAUUUGCGUUUGACCGCCCCACCAAAACCCGAAGCCGUCCGUCCAGAGAGGGUGUUGCACCAGACCCUGGACCUCCUCAAGAAAAAGUGGAAAAAGGACAGGGAUUACAACUACAUCUGCAACCAGUUCAAGUCGUUGCGCCAAGACCUCACCGUGCAGCGGAUCAAGAACAACUUCACUGUCGAGGUGUACGAGAUUCAUGCCCGGAUCGCGUUGGAGAUGGCCGACCUCGGUGAGUAUAAUCAGUGCCAGACCCAGCUGAUCGCACUGUACAAGCUGGGCCUGAAGGGCCAUCCCGAUGAGUUCAAAGCCUACCGUAUUCUGUAUUUCAUCCACACCGCCAACCGCUCGGACCUUAAUGAUGCCCUGGCGGAUCUAACCACAGCAGAGAAAUCGGAGCCCGCCAUCAAGCAUGCGCUGGAUGUUCGUUCGGCCCUGGCCCUAGGCAACUACCAUCGUUUCUUCCAGCUCUACGUUGACCCCUCACAUAUCAAGAUGGGCGCGUAUCUCAUGGACAUGUUUGUCGAUCGUGAGCGCCUUGCUGCACUGUGCAACAUGUGCAAAGCUUACAAGACAGAUGUUCCUCUUCGUUUCAUCACCGAGGAACUCGGCUUUGAUGCCGACGGCGAUGCUGUCAAGUUCCUUCUUCAACACGAGGCCGGUGGUCUCCUCGAGGAACGUGAUUCCGUCGUCUACUUCCAGCCGGGCAAAGCCAAAGGCCACUUCGAUGCCGCAAGAGCCCAGGCAUUCCGCCGGGUUGACAUUAAAGGCCAGAUUUGACCCUCCUGGCUUCAUCUUUUGUUUCGUUCAUUGUUACCCGAGUGUGUCUCAUGGCGCAGCCAGCAUAGCGUGGCACACAUGGCAUACACUUUGUUGCCAUGGUCGCAUUUCAUCUAUUCCCGCAUUUCCCGUCCCAGAACUAGCAUCACCUAUCUGCCCACCUGCCAACCAGCCCACGUCUCGAACCCCGGCCGAUAAAAAACAUGCGCGCUGCGGUCCAGUCAGGUGACCAACGAAGAUGGCGCUGCGCAAAGCGCGUGCGACUGAGUUGGCAAGCACGGCUGUCGACAUUGCGGAUUGUGCCUCAAUAUCCAAUAAUGCCAGUGGAGUUCCGAACUCGGCGUCCUGCCUCCUUUCCCAGCUCCGCCUAACCCGUCGGUAUACCCGGCUGAGCCGGAGACUUUUGGUGGUGGGAGAGCGGAAGGGGGCGCAACGGCAUUGAUAAUUCUGCACUUGGUUGUCGAAUUUGAUGGAAGGCGUUCUGUGUGCGUGUAUUUGGAAAUCAGUUGGGUGGCCGCGGUCCUCGUUUCGAGAUACCAUUUUGAUGUUUUGGGGGUGUUAAGUAGGGCAAGUAGACUGACCCCCGGGCGGCACAACGAUGUCUUGCCGCAGGGAAGGGCGUUUUAUGCCAAGGCGUUGUGGUUGUUUGUAUUAUAUUGCUAUUUGCCAAAUCAAGAUAUUCCUUCCAGAGAUAA